AUGGGGUUCUUCGACCUGAACAUCCCCUACCAUGAAUCUGACCGCCACGUUAUCGAUAAAUCCUCUCUAAAAUCCCGCCGCCUAAAGCUCGCCCUAAAAGCCAUGGAACUCGGCUACACUGGAGUGGCCUACAACCGUACCCUCAAAGGCGUGAUUUCGGAAUCUGACCGCUGCGUAAUCCCUCUCUUCCCUCUCUCCUCCCUCUUAAAAGUCGCACCUUCUUCCUCGUAUUUCUCCGCCUCCGUCAAGUUCCAUCGGGAGCUUCUAAACGUCGACGUUUCAUCCCCCUUCCGCCAGUACACUCGCCUUACAUUAAUUGUCGAUAGUGCUGCUCCCGUUCUCAAGUCUAGCAAUGGAAUUCUAAAGAGUUACGAUAUAGUUGCUGUUAGACCCGUAAAUCAGAACGCCUUUGAUCAGGCCUGUAAAAUCUCCGAGGUGGAUAUUAUCGCCAUUGAUUACUCUGAAAAGUUGCCUUUUAGGUUGAAGCACCCAAUGGCUAAAGCUGCAAUCAAGAUUCAUGGUAGGGAAUGUUCAGGUCGAAGAACCCCAUUUGGAUGUGUAGAAGAGGGCAGUACGGUGGUGAGUGGCCGGGUAACGGGACUACAAACGGUGAUCACGGCUGACAGGUGUGGCUGA